AUGGAUAUGAAAGUAAAGCUUUUUGGAGGUCUUGCAGCGACAUUUGCAGCAUCAGCCAUAUAUCUAUUUUUCAAGGAAAACAACAAAUCUCUAAACUAGAAGAUGUUAGACUAGAUCAAUAAACUGAAGAACUACAUCGAAAAUCAUUUCUAUGAAUGCUCCAAAGAAAAUGUUAGAUUAUUCAUAAUCAAAUAUAGUUAUCCCAAAAGUUAGAGGACAGAAAGGAUUUCGUCAAUCUCUUUGGCGAAGUUGCCAGCAAUUUUUUUGACAUUGACAGAGUAAACGAUGAAAUUAGUCGACAUCCCUAUUUCAAGAAAUUUGCAGGAGUCAAUCAAUAGGCUCAUCUGUUCAAUCAGGAAUACACUUCAUUCUAUUUAAGAAAGUACCUAUUGCCAAUUAUCACUCUAGAAACUCACUUGAUGCAGUCUAAAAUAGUAUCAACUUCAUUGUUAGCAAACACAGACUAAUUAAUUAGGAACAACCCUAAUUGUCGGAGAACACUUCAAAGUUUAUUAACUUCUUUUACCUUGUGCUCAUUUAUUUGGUAAGAUUAAUCGAGGAGACCCUUUUGGAUUUGGAUGAUAACUAUGCUUUAAUAUAAAUGAAUUUUUUCUUAGCAGGUUUGCUAGAUUAAAUAGAAUUAAUUUUAAAGUAAUAUCCAUUAUUAGCAAAUCUCUUUGGAAUAGCACUCCUAGGUUAAUUGUAAUUGAAUGAUCCCUAAGUUGGCUUUGGACAUUAAUGCGAGGACAAUUUCUUUAAUGUUAAGAUAGAAGACACAAAUUCUAAUCAAAAUUGUAAAUGCUUGAUCUUUGAUGCACUAAUCCGUUACGUUUCAUUAAUCACUCCAACCUUAUAGAAGAAAUUCAUCACCAUAUUAAUUGAUCAUCAAAUAGUAUCCACUAAGGAUCAUUUGGUUAAGUUGGGUUAAAUCCUAUUGAAGAACCAAUUCUUUUUGAAUAGUCAGAUAAGUAAAGUAGAAAUGUAUUACGCUACUGAUGUGAGUGUCUUUAAUCACAUGUUGAUACAAGCAACUGCUUAUAAGGAAGUGAGAUAGGAAUUAAUCAAACCUGAAUUGCUAGAUCUAUAUUUUUUGUACACCGAAAGAGUUGUUGCAUAGAACAACCCUAAAUUCAUAGCCAAAAUAUUAACUAGUCUUAUAGCAUCUCACGUUAUGACUUAUCCUAUCUUUGGAGAUGAAGAGAUUCUAUCCUAACUUCUUAAUAAUGAAAAACAGCAAACAUUAAUUGUCGUUCACUUUCUAGGGAUGUUAUUGAUAUUGGAAACCAAAGAUACAAUAGAUGUUAAAGAGAAUCCGAAUGUUUAGAUGUUGGAUUGGCUGGCAUAAAAUAUGGACUUCAUGCUUGCAGUUGAAGUGUUGUCUUAUUUACAGAAAUAAUUCAUUUUGAAAAUAUUUAGGAAUAAGGCCAGUGAUAUACCAUUGUUAAUGAAACAAUAUUUGCAAUGUCUACGAGUAACUCAUAAUAAGAGGAUUCAAUAAAAAAUGGCUUAGAAGAAACAAUUCGAUGUUAAUGCAAUUCUCUAAUAAAUGAUUGGGUACUUAACAGCCAUUCAGGUGUCAGAGUUGCCAUCAAAAGAGUCUUUCACUAAGUUAAUCAGUUUGAUUCCAUUUCAAGAUCAGAACGAACAAUCCAAUAUAUUUUCGAACAUACUCCGCAUCGUAUUUGAUCUUCCCACUAUUAACUUCCAUUUUCUAAAGUUUGUGUUGGAUAAAUGCGAGAAAAUAUCAAAAGAAUCAAUAUUGAGUUACAAUGGCUAUUAUUCACAUAUUUUGACUGCACAAACAGUUUCAUUUGACUCCUAUAUGUUCUCGAUUCAGUUGUCAUUGCUAUUUGGAAGACCUGAAACAUUAAUAGGCGAAAUUAGCAAUAGAAUGAAGAACGACUUUACUAAUUUUGAGAGAUAUGAAGAUUUUCUUACGAGAGAUGUAUUAUUUAAUUUGAAUUAAUAUAGAUCAUAUUAUUGGUAGAUUUAUUAGAAAACCCAUAUUAUUGUAUGAAUAUUCUAAUGCAAACAGGAUCCGAAUUCCCUUAGAAACAAGAGAUCAUGACCUAAUUGUACCAAUAUGCAGCGAUAUCAAUUUUGAAAUUAAAUGAUUAGAUGACAUUGCUUCAAUUGUUGGACACAUUACAAUUAUUCAUUCACAUUCAAGAAUUGCCUCAAUAUAUUAAGGAUCUAUUGGAAGAUACUUAGGAUGGCAAGGUGAAGUUGAAGUAUCAAUACUCUCAAAAUUGGCCAUACUUGAACUUACAAAAGGAUAUGGAAUCAGUCAAGUACUUUUUGAGCAAGGCUUCAGAUCCAUUUGAUGAAGUAAUACUACGAUUGUAAUAGAUAGUUAAUGUAUGCACCAGAUUCGUUCCCCUUUUUGUUUGAAAUCAGACAACAGAUGUAUGCUUGUGAAUCGUUUGUCAAGAUCAUUGAAUUGGCUUUGUAAUCAAAAGAUAGAAUGAAAUUGUAUGUUUGGAUUGGCAAAUUACUCUACUACGCAAAAUAAUUGUUGAUGAAGAAGGGCUAAACCAAGAUGGAAUAAUUGUUUGCUUUGGAAGAGUGCAAGUCCUUUAUUCAAGAGUUGUCGGAUAAGGAAGGAUGUAACAAAUUAGUACAAUACCUUUAACAGUGA